AUGAGAAGAUCGGUGGCCGAGGCCAAGGGCUACCCUAUUCAGGGUAAGUUCGUGCUCUGCUCUGCUGUUGGUGUUCCACCAGAGAUCAUGGGUAUUGGUCCAGCCGUGGCCAUCCCAACCGUGUUGAAGAAGGCCGGUUUGACCGUGAACGACGUUGACGUUUUCGAGAUCAACGAGGCUUUCGCUGCCCAGUGCUUGUACUCUGCCGAGACAUGCAAUGUGCCAGCAGAAAAAUUGAACCUUAACGGUGGUGCCAUUGCCCUUGGCCACCCAUUGGGCUGCACUGGUGCCAGACAGUAUGCCACCAUCUUGCCAUUGUUGAAGCCUGGCCAGAUUGGUUUGACUUCCAUGUGUAUCGGUACCGGUAUGGGUGCCGCCUCUCUUCUUGUUAGAGUAAGUAUAUAUUUAUUACGGAAGCCACGCAAAUUGAUGAAAAUGUUACCACGAUGUUGA